AUGGCUGAACAACAAGAACCAAUUAUUGAUUGUAGCGCUGCAUUAGAAGGAAGAUUAAAUUAUUUUAAUGAACUUGAGAAAAAAUAUAAAGAAGAAGAAUUAAAGAAAUCUAAAGAAAUUACAAUCAAAUAUAAGGAUAUGACAUUCCAAGGUAAAUCAUUUGUUACAUCACCACAAGAAUUUAUUAAAGACCUCGUUGAAAAAGGAGAAAUUACAAAAGAAAAUCCAGUUUUUGUUGCCAAAGUUAAUGGUAAAUUAUGGGAUCUUACUAGACCAUUUGAAGAAGACUCUACUGUUGAAUAUCUUGGUUUUGAUAAUCAAGAAGCUCAUGAUGUUUUUUGGCAUUCAUCUGCUCAUCUUCUUGGAGAAGCUAUGGAAACACAAUAUAAAUGUUAUCUUCAUACAGGACCAGCAACUGCCAUUGACUUCUUUUAUGAUUGUAAAAUGAAUGGAGCUAUUUCUGCUACUGAUUUUAAAAAGUUACAAAGCCUGAUUGAAGGAUAUGUUAGAGAACAUCAAGUCUUUACUAGAAUUGAAAUUACUAAAGAAGAGGCUUUAAAAAUGUUUGCUUAUAACCCAUAUAAGGUUAAAAUUAUUGAAAAGUUACCAGAAGGAUCCACUAUUACUGCUUAUAAAAAUGGUUCUUUUGUUGAUCUUUGUAGAGGACCACAUUUAGCUAAUGCUGCUAGUAUUAAAGCUAUUAAAAUUUUAUCUUCAGGUUCAGUUCAUUUGGAUGGAACUGCAACUGGAGAUUUAUUACAAAGAGUUCAUGCUGUUUCAUUCCCAACAAAGGAUUUAUUAAAAGAGUAUAUUAAAAGAGCAGAAGAAGCAGACAAACGAGAUCAUAGAUUAAUUGGAAGACAACAAGACCUUUUCUUCUUCCAUGUUCUUUCACCAGGAAGUUGUUUCUGGUUACCACAUGGAACAAGAAUUUAUAAUAAAUUAGUUCAAUUAAUAAGAUCUGAAUACAGAGUUCUUGGAUAUCAAGAAGUUAUUACCCCAAAUAUUUUCCUUUCUACUUUAUGGGAAACUUCUGGACAUUGGCAACAUUAUAAAGAUGAUAUGUUCUCUUUUGAAUGUGAAAAACAAACUUUUGCUCUUAAACCAAUGAAUUGUCCAGGACAUUGUGUUAUGUUUGCUAGCAAAAAGAGAUCAUAUAGAGAGCUUCCAUUAAGAUAUGCUGAAUUUGGUGUAUUACAUAGAAACGAAUUAACAGGAGCACUUCAUGGACUUACAAGAGUAAGAAGAUUUGUUCAAGAUGAUUCACAUAUUUUCUGUACAAUGGAUCAAAUUGAAUCAGAAGUUACUGGAGUUUUAAAUUUAAUGAAAAAAAUAUAUAAAAUAUUUGGAUUUAAGACUGAAAUUGCUUUAAGUACAAGAAAUGAAAAGAAAUUUAUGGGAGAAAUUGAAACAUGGAAUAAAGCAGAAGCAAUGUUAACUCAAGUACUUAAUGAUUCUCAUUUACCAUUUGUUAUUAAUCCAGGAGAUGGAGCAUUUUAUGGACCAAAGAUUGAUAUUAGAAUUGAAGAUGCACUUGGAAGAAAACAUCAAGUAGCAACUGUUCAAUUAGACUUCCAAUUACCAUUAAGAUUUAAAUUAGACUAUAUGAGUGAAGAUCCAAAUCAACCAUUAAAAACACCAGUUAUGGUUCACAGAGCAGUUUUAGGAUCAAUUGAAAGAUUUACUGCUAUUUUAACAGAACAUCUUGCAGGUAAAUGGCCAUUCUGGUUAUCACCAAGACAAGUUAUGGUAUGUACAGUUUCAGAGAAGUAUAAUGAGUAUGGAGCUAAAAUUACUAAAGAAUUAAAUGAUGCAGGAUUUUAUGCAGAUCUUGAUGAUAGUGAUAAUAAAUUACCAAAGAAAAUUAGAAAUGCUCAAGUUGCACAAUAUAACUUUAUAUUAGUUAUUGGAGAAGAAGAAUUAGUUUCUAAUUCAGUUAAUGUUAGAACUAGAAAAAGUAAAGUUGAAGGAAAAGUAGAAUUUAGUGAAUUCAUUAAACAUUUAAAACAACUUGAAGCUGACAAACAAUAA